UAUCGGUUCAGUGAAGGUUACCUUUAAGUUCAGUGAAAGAUGGAGUACACGUACGGAAUAAACGGCGGGAACGGCAUGGUAGAUCCGCGACUUUCUCAACAAGUCUUUAGAAGCAACGGCGUGGUACCUCCGCCCAUCGUGGUGGACCUCUUUCCUCCAGCGUACCAGCAGGCUUAUGGACAAGAUCGUAACCGGCGAUCGCCCAAAACAGCACAUAACAGGUCAUCACCCAACAUAUCAUCGUCGAACACAUCACCCAACAGAGCGUCGCCCAACAGAGCAUCGCCUAACAGAUCAUCGCCAAAAGGAUCACCUAAGAGAGGUUCACCAAAACAUGGAGACCAUGAGACGCCACCAGAAUCUAACGUCCGAAGAUAUAGGACUGCUUUCACGCGAGAUCAAAUCAACAUACUCGAAAUUGAGUUCAACAAAGAAGCCUAUGUCUCCAGGCCGAAACGAUGCGAGUUGGCAGCACAGCUACAAUUACCGGAAUCAACUAUCAAAGUGUGGUUCCAGAACAGACGGAUGAAGGAUAAGCGACAGAAGCUGGCGAUGGCUUGGCCGAUGUACGCUGCUUACACCGACCCCUCGAUAGCGGCUUCCAUCCUCUCCUCCAUGCACUACUCCUUCCCCAUGCACUACCCGAGGUACAUCAUCCCACCACCUCCUCCGGUCAUGCCCAUCUGUGACGGCUCUUCCAGCUGCCGCUGCGGCAUCUUCAAUUGCAUGACGUCGGCCUUCCCCAGCCCACCGCUCCCACUGACACCACCGCCACUCACCAGCGAGAAUAAGAAGCCACUCUUCCAACCAUACAAGGAGGAUGAAAACGUGUAGCCGCCUUUCCAAGAAGAUACUCCCCUUGUACAUAAGAAUACCCCUCAAUGUUGCCUUUUAGGUCAGUCUCAAAGUGACUGUUCAAUACAAGGCAUAUGUAGAUAUAAAUAAUCCAUUAUUGUAUUUUAACCAUUGUAUUUUAUUUUUUAAUUUAGGUAUAAAGUUAUACUGUGGUUUAUUGUUUAAGUUUUCGAAAAUAUUUGUGUUGAGCAUAUUUACUGAUAAAAUAUUUUUGGUAUAAAAUCAUGAUAUAAAAAAAAAAUAAAAACAUGUAAAAGUACUAGGUUAACCCAGUGAAAAAGACCCAGUGUAUGAAACUUAACACCACCACGUAGAAGCUACUGGUAGCUGAGUUGUGAUUUGGAAUUAUUCGUCAUGUUUUUAUUAAAUUUUAUUGAGACUGGUUUAACAGAAAUUUCCUCUUUAAUAGUGUACUUACGUGUUUUUUUUUAUUUCAUUUUAUUUUUUUGUGACGCUAAAUAUUAUGACAUAAAAUAAUUGUAACGAUGGAGAAGUUAAAAAAGUAAUAGAGAAGUUAGUUAACUGUCCGAUGAUGAAGAGAUAGAAAUUGAUAACAGAUUUUUUAAUUGUUGGUUAAGUACACAUAAAGUAGAAAAUUUCUUUUAAAUAUCUAUGAAUUCUUAUUAUAAAUAUAUAUAUGGUUAUUAAUGAAAUAUCCCAGUUAAGAAAAAAAAAUUUUUUGUUUUUAAAAAUCCGAUUUUAUCAUAACAUGUUCAGCACUAAUGUAGAAAUGAUCUCCUAUGUAGAGUUUUUACAUAUUAUGUAUUAUAUGAUAAAAAAUGGUUAUUUAUAUGUUAAUGUUAUUUGUUAUAAAAAAAUGUAAAAAUAAUUAUAUUUAUUAUGACAAAGUGCUAUGUUGUACAAAGCUUUAAUGGGGAAAAUUGUAUUUGUUAAUACAAACAAAUUCGAAAAAAUAUAUUUCAUUUUGAUAAUGAAUUUCUAAAUUAAUGCUGUUCUAGUUAUCAUUAUUAUCUAAGUCACAAAAUCUUUAAGCCA